UUUGUUUUUGGGAGCAAUUAAUGUUAUAGUUGCGAAAUUGUAUAAGGUGUAAGGGAAUCAAAGUGGGAGUAUAUAUAAGUAUGAAGAUAGUGCUACAUAACUAUAUAGUAGCCCACAGAAAAAGGCCAACCAAAGAAAGGCACAUCAAAUAUUAAAGAGAGAGAGAGAGAGAUCAGUUCAAUGGCAGCGGUAAUUGGUGCACUUGAGCCUGUGAUUGUGAAGCUCUCCUUACUACUCCUAUGCCUCAACUUUAACUCUUUUCUCACUCUUACUCAAGCAAGAAAAUGGGAAUCAUGGAAAGAUAAAUACCCCUUCAUAAAACCAGCAAGUUCAUUCUCAUCAUCAUCAUCAUCAAAUGCUUGGAUCAGUGGGAGCAACGAGGCAUAUAAUUAUGACUACAUAAUAGUUGGAGGAGGCACAGCUGGCUGCCCUUUAGCAGCAACUUUAUCACAGAAAUUCAAUGUGUUGUUGCUUGAAAGAGGAGGAGUUCCAUUUGACAAUUUUAAUGUUUCCUAAAUGCAAAAUUUUCAUAUAUCUUUGGCUGACACUUCUCCAACUUCUGCUUCACAAAUUUUUGUGUCAACUGAUGGUGUGUUUAAUGCAAGAGCUAAAGUCUUGGGCGGAGGCACUAGCAUUAAUGCUGGGUUCUACAGUCGCACUGGCGAAAGCUAUAUCAAGAAAGUAGGCUGGGAUUCUAAACUGGUGAAUGAAUCAUUCCCCUGGAUUGAGAAGCAAAUUGUUCAUAGACCAAUCUUAGCACCAUGGCAGAUAGCAGUAAGCGAAGGUCUUCUAGAAGUUGGUAUAUUACCUUUUAAUGGAUUCACAUAUGAUCACAUAUAUGGAACCAAGUUUGGAGGAACUAUUUUCGACAGAUUUGGUCAUCGUAAGACUGCUGCUGAACUACUCACCUCAGGCAACCCUGGGAAGCUUCAUGUCUUGGUGCACGCGACAGUUCAAAAGGUUGAGUUUGACACAUCAGGAAAGAAGCCAAGAGCAGUAGGAGUUAUCUUCAAAGACGAAAAGCGGAACCAACACAAGGCAUUUCUUUCAAAGACAAAGGGAAGUGAAAUUAUAGUGUCAUCUGGUGCAAUUGGAAGUCCACAAAUUCUGUUGCUCAGCGGAAUAGGACCAAAGGCUGAAUUGGAAAAAUUGAACAUAUCAGUGGUGCUUGACUGUAAAUUCGUCGGUAAAGGCAUGUCAGACAACCCCUUAAACACCAUAUUUGUUCCCACAAAUAGGCCUGUUCAGCAGUCCCUGAUCCAGACUGUAGGAAUUACCAAGAUGGGGGUCUAUAUUGAAGCUAGUAGUGGAUAUGGAGAAUCCGAAGACAGCAUUCAUCGCAAUCAUGGUAUCGCCUCAGCUGAGAUAGGACAACUCUCCACAAUUCCUCCAAAGCAGAGAACACACGAAGCAAUUGAAGCGCACAAAAGAAACAAGAAAAAUGUUCCACGAGAAGUAUUCAGGGGAGGCUCUAUAUUAGAAAAGAUAGCAACACCUUUAUCAACAGGGCAUCUUAGACUGAAGAGCAACAAGAUUGAUGACAGUCCUUCCGUCACCUUCAACUACUUUAGCCAUCCAUGCGACCUGAAGCGAUGUGUAGAUGGCAUACGCAUUGUGGAGAAGAUUGUGAAAUCAAAACAUUUCACUAACUACGCGCAGUGCGAUAAGGAGACACUUGACAAGUUGCUAAACAUGAGUGUCCAAGCUAACAUUAACCUUAUACCGAAACAUACUAAUGAUACGGAAUCACUUGAACAGUUCUGCAAAGACACUGUGAUCACAAUAUGGCACUAUCACGGGGGUUGUCAUAUAGGCAAGGUAGUAAGCCCUGAUUACAGGGUUAUCAAUGUCAAAAGGCUCCGAGUCAUUGAUGGUUCGACAUUCACUGAGUCGCCAGGAACCAAUCCUCAAGCCACAGUCAUGAUGAUGGGCAGGUAUAUGGGAGUAAAGAUUUUAAGGGAAAGAUUAGGAAGAGCAGCUGGUUUAUAAUGAUUCUAUUGGUCCAUUUUUUAGUUUCUUUUUGCAAGGGAACUGAGACAUAAGUAUGAAUAUUGUCAUUUUAAUUCUUUAGCAAGCAGUUAUAUGUAGUCUGUAAAGUUUGGCUUUCCAUAAAAAGAAGAGUAAUUAGAACGAUUGAAAAAACUUACCUGCAGCCGAUGUAACUACGUUAGUUUAUCACGGUCAAGUGGUAGAUUGAGGUGAAGUGAUAAAAAUGCAUAUGAAAGAGACGUGUCGUUGUUAGGUGUGGAGCCUGAUUAAUAUGUAAUGUACUGAUUAUAUAUUAAUGUUCACGUAGUUCAACCUCUGUGUACCUUUUAUUCUCAUUUUCUCUGUGUAACCGUACAUAUUCUGAAUCAUUAAUAUAAAUAUCCCGUCCUCCGUGGAGUUUACCCACGGGUGUUACCACGAAA